AAGACAAGGUUCAGUUACUUAGUGGCGCUUGCCCUCGACAUAUUACUAAAGCACGGCUGAAAGAAUGGCUUUCCUAUCGCGAAGGUACAAGUAAAGAUGGAAGUGCCAAAUCUGAUGCAACGAAAGCUGAGCUAGUAAUAAGAUAUUUUAUUGUAUUUUGUAUUGUCACGAUGAUAUUAAAACUGAAUGGAUUUAUCUUUAGCAAGUUUUUAAAGCAAAUUAUACCUACUUCAUCUUAUACAGGGUUGUCAGCUAUAUAAAAAAUGGUUGGGACGUCGAUUUCGCACCGAAGUGGCAGCAUCUAUUAAGAAGUAAACAAACCAAAUCUACUGAUACAGCAGGCACUGCAUGUAAGUUUCCCAACGCUGGACAAUGUCAAUGGAUUCCAUUACACAAUGUAAAGGACAAUGUACCCAGCUUCAAUAUGCAAAAUAUGGUUUCAGUAUUACUUCAUUGAAAGAAAGGCAAAAGACAACGAAGCUAACAAGGACUAGAAAAAUGCAUAAAGCAAUAAAGCGUUCGGCCUAUUUAGAUACGGACACAUCCAAAAUAUUGAGCUGGCAAGUGAUAAUGACAAAGUUCAUUUUAAAUGCAAUUGCCUCCCUGGAAUGAAGAAGGACUCUAUAUAUAAACUGAAACUUUCGAUGCUUAAAAGUGUUGUUCAUGAGGGAGAAAUAGUAUUUUAUAGCUGUGUUUGUCCAGCUGGGAAAGGUCCUCGUGGAUCAUCUAAACAUAAUGCAGCUUCGUGUUAUGCUCUUGCAUGAAGAAUUUACUAGACUAAAGUGUAUGCCAGAAUUUGAAACAUGCACUUCAAGACUUUAAACAUGGAACCAACCAAGAAAAAGAAAACUUGACCCAGAAAGAGUUUAUGAUAUUGAUUUCUCCAGGAAGAUUUAUAGGAAACAAAAGAAAAAGAAUCCCAAGCCUUUGACUAAUCCAAGACUACCAUGUGAUCGAAAUGAUGAUUGCCAAAUUGUAAACAAAGAAUUUCUUAACAAGAUCAAGGAAGUGAUACCAAAUUGUGGAUUUGUUUGUUUACUAUCAGAUGAAAAGCUUGACCAAAACAAAAGUACCGGUACUAUCAUUUCCCCCAUUAAGGAGCAUCCAGUAUCUUUGACUGAAAUCUUUAAUAGAGCAGAAAGAGUCAAGCGAAAUCUUAUUGUUGAUGAGCAAGAGAGAACGAAUAUUACAAAUGCAACGAAAAAGCAAAGUAAAUCUAAAGAAUGGUACCUACACAGGCAUGUUCGCAUUACUGCUUCUAAAUGUAAACGGGCCCUACUUAAACCUACUACAAGUCCAAGCAAAGCAAUAAGAGAAAUUUUGCACUACAAUGGUGAUUACCAAAGUACCAUGAUAAAACAAUUAAGGUCUGGAAGAUGA